AACAAGCACAUGAUAUUUUUUCAUUACACAGCUUCAAAAUGAAAAAAAUCGUCGAAUUAGAUGUUACCGAUCCCAAGUUAUUGAACAUUGAAAGGCACUCCAUUUUGCCCCGCUCUCCUCUAUAAUUCUCAUGAGUUUUCAAUAACAGUUUUUUAAAAGUUUCGACAAAAACAAAGCACAUAUUGUCAGGAGUCCGAACAGUGCGUUUACAAUCUUUUAAUUGUUGUCAACCAGUACUCAUGGUCUACCAGCACGCAGGUUUUUAAUUAAUCUCGUACAGUUGAUUGAAACUGUCAGUGCAACGAACGGAUGAAGGGGGAAUAUACGUCACAAUGCAUUCGUGAAAUCUCCAGUGUUUUCUUUAUGCUCAUCUAGAGUGUCGGAAAGUGUCAAAUAAAGUAAUAAUCGAAGUGACGAAACGAACGAAUUAAUAAUGUAUCGUGAUUCAUUUUUUGAGCAAUUUUUUUUGCAAUUAGAGUUCGGGACAGUAUGUCCCCUCAUUCAUUUUAGAAACAUAUUUCUGGUAGAUAUUGUGAAAUCACCGGUUUACUUACUAUAAUAUUAUGCGUAAAUUUGUAGUUGAAAAUCAAACUGAGAUAAAUAACGUGGAAUUGAAAAUAAUUUCUUUUUUUUCAACUGGUUGAUAAUUUUUUAAUUCAAAAAAUUAAUUGUCGACCUUUGAUAAGGCUUCAUGCGGAUAAUUACAGAUUGUGGUGGUGGAUUAACGUGGAAAUUAUGUAACAUUUUGAUAGAACUGCUUUACAAGUGAUAAGAAAUGACGAACAUUUUACGUCGAUGGCGAAUAUGGAUAUUACCGGUUCUCACCGGCCUUUAUGCACUUUUAAUAUGCAUAUUAGUGCCCCUAUUGCUCACCAAGUCUAUGCAGAAUGGAUUCAAGAAGCAGGAUCAGGGUGCCCUUGUCGGGGGCGGAUUCGUCCUAUUAGCGUUACCAAUAGCUUUUUAUGAAAUUGUCCAGCAUAUGAUUUACUAUACACAACCAAGAUUGCAGAAGUACAUUAUCAGAAUAUUAUGGAUGGUGCCAAUAUAUGCAGUGAAUGCCUGGCUAGGUUUAAUUUAUCCAAAAAUCAGUAUAUACGUAGACAGUUUACGUGAGUGUUACGAGGCAUAUGUAAUAUACAAUUUUAUGAUGUACCUGUUGGCCUACCUCAACGCCGAUCAUCAGCUUGAGCACAGAUUGGAGAUAUCACCACAAGUCCAUCACAUGUUUCCACUCUGCUGUUUACCAGAUUGGGAGAUGGGACAUGAAUUUGUACAUAUGUGUAAGCAUGGUAUACUGCAAUAUGCUGUGGUCAGGCCUUUGUCAACAUUAAUUUCAUUCAUAUGCGCCUUGAAUGAAGUCUAUGGAGAGGGUGAAUUCCGCGGGGACGUUGCCUUUCCCUAUAUGAUUGCCUUCAAUAAUUUAUCACAGUUUGUGGCGAUGUACUGCUUAGUUUUGUUUUACCGAGCCAAUGCUGAAGCCCUCAAGCCAAUGAAACCAAUUGGCAAAUUUUUGUGCAUCAAAGCUGUGGUUUUCUUCUCAUUUUUCCAAGGAGUUUUGGUGGCAAUACUCGUUUAUUGCGGUGUGAUAUCGAAUAUUUUCGACACUGAUAAUACUGAUGACAUAAGACAUAUAUCCGCUAAACUUCAAGACUUCCUCAUUUGUAUAGAGAUGUUCCUGGCGGCUGUGGCACACCACUACAGUUUCAGUUACAAGCCCUAUGUUAAUUUGGCGCAGAGCCAAGCCUGGUGGGAUGCGUUUAGAGCUAUGUGGGACGUUUCGGAUGUUCAUAAUGAUAUAAAAGAGCACUUCAGCGUUGUUGGCUCAUCUCUCAGUCGAAGAAUUCGUGGGCGGGGAGCCUAUCAACAGACCUGGGGAAAUGUCAACGAGAGAACCUCUCUUCUUCCAGAUCAAGUGAUUCCAACAGCACACAGUGCUCCGGCUGGUUCAUUCUCUGGAUACAUAAGUGAUCCAGGGCACAGCGAGAACCAAUUUGACUCGGUUGAGGAUCUUACCGAGCCUCAUGCCAGUGGAAACAGUGUGAUUACGUAGCGAAAAGGACUAGGCUUGUGAAAUGUUAAUGAAUAGGAGAUGAGCAGGAGGAAUUAUACAAUUGAGACAAUUGAUGAAACAAAUUCACCGAGAAAGGAUUGAAUUGCCUCACUUUUGUCUACUACAGAUAAAUUAUUUUUUGAUUCGUUUGUAAUGGCUGUGGGCUCUCUUUUAUUGUAAGAUUUUAUUUUUGAUGAUAUGUCAUCACGUGCGAAACCAUUUCAUGGAAUAAUCUAGUGCUGUCUCCCGAAAAAUUUCCGUCAACUUCGUUUAAAAACAAUUUAUCUUUUGUGUCAAUCUAGUUAAGGGGGGAGCCUGCUUUAGAGGCUUCAAAAAAUCUAUAUUUUCAAGGAUUUUUUUGGAAAGGAAAGAAAUGUCUGAUUGAAAUGAAACUUUUAGGAUUUAUUCUUAUAUAUUUCAAGAGUCUUCUCAAAUUUUUUUAUUAUUAUACAUUAUAUAUUUUUCAUGUUUGAAGAAAUUUACGGAGGCGCCUCGAGUGUGCAAUGUCUGUGUGGCGAGCAAGAUGCAGGUCGCAAUUUUCAUGUGAAACAAAAAAACAAAAGAAAUUUUUAAUUUUCAAUAGUGUAAUUCUCGGGUUAACCACUAAAAUUCAACAAAAAGUGAAAUUUCAACAAUUUUUCGCAGAUUGAAAAAAAAGUGCAUUUAAAGAAAAAAAGAAUUUACUUUAAGUCGUUUAAAAACCAGAUUAAUAUUAACUUUCUUAAGAUAUGUCCGGUUCACUCGAAAGAGAAUUUAAUUCCAAAUACAACGCAUUUUGAUUCGUUUCGAUAGGAGGUUUACUUUUUUUCCCAUCUUGCCCCGCAAUUUGAAAAAAUCAUAAAAAUGGAAAUCCGAGAAAUCGCGUGUCAAAGUUUUCGUGAUGCUCGUAUACCUGCUCAACGCUUGCUCACUAUUUCGUCUGUAUCUCCGGAAAUAAUCCGAAUUUUGUUCUGAAAUUUUGGGGACAUAUUCUUGGAUUGUUUAGGAAGUGAUUUACGCAAAAAAAAAAUCGAUUUUUUGAAGCCUCUAAAGCAGGCUCCCCCCUUAACGUUGUACAAAUUACGAGUAAUUAGGUGGUGCCAGAUAGUGCCAGAUGAUAUCACCCAAUUACUAACUAACUAAGCUAUCUUAUAUCUAACUCCACAUGCGCGAUAAGGACGCUUUGGCUAGUCUAAAGCUUUGGCCAGCCCAAAGCCAGUCCUUGACAAACUACGAUAUACUUUGCGGAGACAUUUGCUGAAAAAUUUUGACAAUAUAUUAAAACUUCUAUAGGAAUUCUUUGGCAUAAAACAAAUUUUUCAAUUUUUCGGCUAUACUCUUAAUUUCUUUCUUAGAAUAAAAUGUCAAAAAAAUAACUUGGAAAAUUUUCACUCUACAAUUGUAUGAAAAAGAAUGCCAAUAGAAUGAGGGAUGAAGAAAAAUAAACAGUUGCAGAGUUUCUGUAUAAGAAAGUAUAUAUUUCGGAGUUGAAUGAAGAGAUAGAAAACUUUUAAGAGGAUUGAUACAAAAAUAAAACGAUUUUUCAACUACAAUUCUUAUAGAACUAGCUUAAAACUUAUAGUUUCCAUAAUAAUUGAAGACAAUAUCUUGGAGAAUAGACGGUUUUUUAAUGGCAUUUCUUCGUACAUCCUACGUUCCGAGUAUUGUUCAUAUAUUUUAACAUUUUAAUUAACUCCAAAAAUGAUAUCUCUAUGGAAUUGAUAGUGUAUUGAUUCAGUCUGUCAUCCAAUGUGUAAGGUUAAGGGGAAUACUAUUAGAGGAAAGGGUAUAAUGGACAUCUGUGACGCAAAAAAUAUUCCUAACUGGAGAAUAUAUUUAUUACUACAGUCUAAUAAUCAUUGUGGAGAAAAAAUGAGAUGAUGCUAUUUAAAAAAUUACGAAUAUUUUGAAGGUAUUGAUUUUCUUCAUUUAGUCCGUUCAACGCAUUAUUCACCAAAUGAUGUAAACCAAAAAUGAUGAUUAUUGUAAAUAUAAUACCUUUAUACGGAUAUGACAGGAGAUAUAGAAUUGGUAAUGUGAUUGCAAUAUAAUUAUUUGUACAUAUCCGACAGUGUGGAUCUGUGAUUUUUUGAACCAUAUUAAAUCAUAUGUAUAAUUGUUGUAUCAUA